AUGCACAUCCCGGAGAACUGCAAAGGUUGGGUCACCGGGAACAGAGGCAGUGAGCUUCGGCGAGUUGAACAGGCAACAGGGACAUUUAUGUUCAUGGCGUUGGACAAGCAUGGAGAGGAGCGGCUGCUCAUUUUCAGUGCCAAUGCUGGCUCCAAGACUGGAGAUGGUGGCAGAAUGCAUGCAGAACGUAUGGUCAACGAAAUGGUGCAGGAGAAGCUCCGGGGUGACUCCCGCGGCCGCAGUGACUCGCGCUCUCGCUCACGUCGGCGCAACUCCCGGAAACGGUCCAACUCUCGGCGGCGGCGAUCACCUAGCCGGCGGCGUGACUCCCGAUCUCGGUCGCGACGAUGA